AUGGUACCCUUUCGCCCUCUAUCCCGCUCCAUCUCUUUAGCUCCUCGAGCUGCCCUCUUCUCUACCGGGUCCAGAGCUAGCUUCCGUCCGUCUUUGUCCCGGACACCGGCGAGCCGUCCCGGCAAAUCCGCCUCGGCCAGCGCCCGGGGGUCUCGCUUGCAAUCGCCCUCGGCGGUGCGUUUGCUGACCACCGCGCGUGAAAAGGUCAAAGUCUUGUGCGUCCUCUACGACGGCGGCGAGAAGGCCAAAACUAAUAAAGAACUGCUCGGCACGACGCAACAGGAGCUCGGUCUCCGCCAAUGGCUCGAAGAACAGGGCCACACUCUUGUUACCACCUCGGACAAGGAUGGCGAGAACUCCAAGUUUGAUCAGGAGCUGGUCGAUGCCGAGAUUAUCAUCACAACUCCCUUCCAUCCUGGUUACCUGACAGCCGAGCGCCUGGCCAAGGCCAAGAAGCUCAAGCUGGCCGUGACGGCCGGCAUCGGCUCCGACCACGUCGACCUCGACGCAGCCAACAAGACCAACGGCGGCGUGACCGUCGCCGAGGUGACGGGAAGCAACGUCGUCUCCGUCGCCGAGCACGUCGUCAUGACCAUUCUCGUCCUCAUUCGCAACUUUGUCCCCGCCCACGAACAGAUCGAGCGCGGCGAAUGGGACGUGGCCGCCGUGGCAGCAAAGGAGUACGAUCUCGAGGGCAAGACCGUCGGCACCGUGGGCGUUGGCCGCAUCGGCAAGCGUGUGCUGGAGCGCCUCAAGCCCUUCGGUUGCCACCUCCUCUACUUCGACUACCAGCCACUGUCCGGGGUAGACGAGCGCAAGAUUGGUUGUACGCGAAUGCAUAAUCUAGAGGAAAUGCUCCGAGAAUGCGACAUCGUCACCAUCAACUGCCCGCUGCACGAAAAAACAAGAGGCUUGUUCAACAAGGAGCUCAUUGGCAAAAUGAGAACAGGCUCGUACCUUAUCAACACGGCUCGCGGCGCCAUCGUCGUCAAGGAAGACGUGGCCGAAGCCCUCGGCCCCAAUGGGAAUCUCGCCGGCUACGGCGGUGACGUCUGGUUCCCCCAGCCCGCGCCCCGCGACCAUCCACUGCGCACGGCCAAGAAUUCCUUCGGAGGUGGCAAUGCCAUGGUUCCUCACAUGUCUGGCACUUCUAUCGAUGCCCAGGUGCGCUAUGCCAAGGGGGUCCAGUCCAUUCUCUCCAGCUAUCUCAGCGGCAAGCACGAUUAUCGCCCGGAAGACCUCAUCGUCCACCAGGGCGAUUAUGCCACCAAGGCAUAUGGCGAGAGAAAGUAA